CAGAAUGCACAAGAUCACCAAACCGGAUGUGAAGUAGUGUAAAGAUUCCCUCAAAUAAAAGGAAGCAGAGAACAGAAUGUUUCCUAAAAAUUCAUGCAAUAAGAAAUGACACACAUUUCAAUAGGUAUACAUUUCCUUCUGAAGCAAUAGGUGGCAGCACAGAGUUGCAGAGAUUGUCGAGCCCACAGUGAAAAUGUAAAACUCAGCCGGUCAGUCUGUGAUUUACUUGGAGGGUCACCAUUAGGACAGCGGACUGCUCAGGAGAGGAGUAUGGAGCCCUUAACUCGGUCAGAGGUGUUUGGAGAGCUCAGGAAGGAGCUUUAUGGAGACAAACAGUCGAGUCAUUCCAGCACACACGUAUUUAUCAUCCUGGGAGCUUCUGGAGAUCUUGCAAAGAAGAAGAUCUAUCCGACUUUGUGGUGGUUAUUCAAAGAUGGCCUGCUCCCAGAGGACAUCUAUAUUGUGGGAUUUGCCCGCUCUGACCUGACUGUAGACAAAAUUAAGGCGGCAUGUCUUCCUCAUAUGAAGGACACUGACAAGGAGCUCGAUAGUCUAUCAGCCUUCUUCAAAAGGAACUCCUACCUGAGUGGUCGCUAUGAUGUUGGCAGCUCCUUUGAACGACUCAACAGCCAUCUGUCAUCUCUACCCGGCGGGGAAACCGCCAACCGGCUCUUCUACCUGGCGCUGCCCCCUACUGUCUACCACCAUGUCAGCACAAACAUCAGAAACCACUGCAUGAGCUGCAACAGAGGCUGGAACAGGGUAAUCUUUGAGAAGCCAUUUGGUCAUGACCUCCAGAGCUCCCAGGAGCUUUCAGCCCACCUCGCUAACCUGUUCAAAGAAGACCAGAUCUACCGCAUAGAUCACUACCUGGGAAAAGAGAUGGUUCAGAACCUUAUGGUUCUCAGGUUUGGAAAUCGCCUUUUUGGACCCAUAUGGAACAGGAACAGUGUUGCCUGUGUGGUGCUCACCUUCAAGGAGCCCUUUGGCACUCAGGGCCGUGGAGGGUACUUUGAUGGCUUUGGGAUAAUUAGAGAUGUCAUGCAGAACCACCUGCUUCAGAUGCUCUGUUUGAUUGCAAUGGAGAAACCUACAUCCACAAGCCCCGACGACGUGAGGAAUGAGAAGGUGAAGGUGCUGAAGUGCAUAGCUCCUCCUAACAUGGCAGAUGUGGUGCUGGGUCAGUACGUGGGAGAUCCGGGCGAGGAGGGUGAUGCCAACCUGGGUUACCUCGAUGAUCCCACAGUACCAAAAGGCUCCUGCACACCAACGUUUGCAACUGCAGUGCUCUACGUCCAGAAUGAAAGAUGGGAUGGGGUUCCUUUCAUUCUCCGCUGUGGUAAAGCCCUGAAUGAGCGGAAAGCUGAGGUGCGUCUGCAGUUCACGGACGUACCCGGAGACAUCUUUGCUGACCGCUGUCAGAGAAACGAGUUGGUGGUCCGGGUGCAGCCGGACGAGGCUAUUUACCUGAAGAUGAUGAGCAAGAGGCCUGGAGUUUUCUUCGGCCCAGAGGAGACCGAGCUGGACCUCACCUACAAGAGCAGAUACAAGAUUGUGAAGCUUCCUGAUGCUUAUGAGAGACUGAUUCUGGACGUCUUCUGUGGAAAUCAGAUGCACUUUGUCCGCAGCGAUGAGUUGCGAGAAGCCUGGAGGAUCUUCACCCCCCUGCUCCACCAAAUAGAAGCUGCAAAGAGACAACCUAUUCCUUACACAUAUGGAAGUCGUGGUCCAAGUGAAUCAGACGAUCUUAUUCAGAGGGUGGGCUUCCGCUACGAGGGGACAUACAAAUGUGUGACCUAACUCAUGCAACAUAUGUACAGAGAUCGGAACAUGCAGUGGUCUUUCCCAGGAUUCAGAAAGCUCUGGGAAGAACAGUACUGAUGAACAUGUGUUUAAAUAUCCGAGUCUCUUGUGCUUGUUUUCCUGUAAGAGAAACGCUGCAACCCGUUGGUUGGGAUGUUAUAAAGAGUCGAGCUGCUGUAGUUAAAGUCCGAAGCAAAUUCUUCUUCUUCAUCAUAGGAAACUGUUGCUGCUUUUAUCCACAUUAAUAAAAAAAA